AGCUACAGGAGAAAUAUAAGAGAGAGAUUGAUGAUGAAGAAGAAGAACGAGUGUGUAAUUUGCAUGUUGCUGGUUCUACUUUUAGCAGUUAAUUAUGCAACUGAAGCAGAGUCGGCCUGCACCAGGCGUUGCGGCGACAUCGACAUCCCCUUCCCCUUCGGCAUCGAGGCCGGCUGCUUCCACACCGGCUUCCAGGUCGUCUGCAACACGACCGACUCCAACCUCUACUACCGUGGCAAUUACCAAAUCGUCGGCAUCGAUCUCAACAACUCCCGAGCCACAAUACUGCGGCCAAUCACAAACUACUGCCCCGACAACAACAGGACCGCCGGAAACAGCACCUCGUCGGAGAUAGACCUCACCGACACGCCGUUCUACCUCGACAACACCAAGAACAUCUUCAUCGCCAUCGGAUGCGGCCUCGACGCAGUCUUCAUUAGUACGCCGUCGAACAACGGAAAUUUCUCUGAGUUUAAUGCUACUUCCGGCGGUUGCAUCUCUCUCUGUAACAACAGAAACGACACCUUCAGCUUCGAUAACAACACCUUGAACUUCAAUAACAACACCUGCUCCGGCAGCAACGGCUGCUGCCAGACGACCAUCCCGCCAAGAGUGCAGUGGUUCACUUCCUUCUUGUCCAACUCCUCCAAUAACUCGUGUGGCUACUCGUACCUGGUGGAUCGCUACUCAAAUGCGGCGUCGUUCCUUCCCAGUCAGGACUUUUAUGAGCGGAACGAAGGACACGUUCCGGUCGUCGUCUAUUGGUCGUGCAGCGACUACUCGUGCCCGAAUCCGUCACGAGUCGCGUCACGACGAAGUUUAAAAUUCACCUUUAUGACUAUUAGUGCAAGUGCCGGAGGCAUUUUGCUUAUUAUCCUGUCUAUUAUUAUACUAAGGAGGAGGUUGCAAAAAAGAAAUUUGGUGAAGAAAAAGAAGGAAAAUUAUCGUAAAAAUCUACAGUUACUGAGAAACGCACCUUCUUCAUCAGAUGAUAUUGUUAUCGAGAGGAUGAAGAUCUAUAAGCUAGAUGAAAUGGAAAAGGCUACCAAUAAUUUUGAUAAAACUCGAAUUAUCGGCGGCGGAGGUCAUGGAAACGUGUACAAAGGAAUUUUAUCAGAUCAACGAGUAGUUGCCAUCAAAAGGCCAAAGAUAACGAACGAAAUCGAGCUCGGGCAAUUCAUCAAUGAGGUUUUCAUUCUUUCUCAAACUAGCCAUAGAAAUGUGGUUAAGUUCUUCGGGUGUUGCUUGGAAACGGAAGUCCCUCUGCUUGUGUUUGAGUUUAUAUCAGGUGGAACACUCUCUGAUCAUCUCAUUGAUCGUGAACAACACCCGCAUUUAUCAUUUGAAGAUCGUUUAAGGAUCGCCUACGAGAUUGCCAGAGCACUAUCUUAUAUACACUCCGAAGCUUCGAUAACAAUUUUCCAUAGAGAUAUUAAAUCAUCCAACAUUCUACUUGAUGAAAGGAAUAUCGCAAAACUAGCUGAUUUUGGUGCUUCAAGGGUUGUUACUUGUGAAAUGAAUUCGGUAACUACCAUUGUUCAAGGAACUUAUGGAUACUUGGAUCCUGAGUACCAUCAAACAGGAAGAUUAACCGAAAAGAGUGAUGUUUAUAGCUUCGGAGUCAUUCUUGCAGAGCUUUUGACAGGAAGGGCAGCAAUUCCUUACCAAAAAAACAAUGAGGUGAGACACUUAGUUAUGGACUUCUUGGGUUCAUUGAAAGAAAAGUCACUUCAUGAGAUCCUUGAUCCCACCAUAGUUCUAAAUGAAGCUAAAGAAGAAAUUGUUGAAAGAAUGGCAAAGCUUGUAGAGAUGUGCCUCAAAUUAAACGGGAACGAACGACCAACGAUGAAGGAGGUGGAGGACGCGCUCGAAGCCAUGAGAGAAAAGAAAUCGGAUAUUGAUAUUGAUGCUAAUCGUGGUGUUGGAGGUGUUCAAGAGUAAUAAAUUAGAGAUUUGAUAUUUCUUAUCGAGUAAGUUUUGGGUGUAAUAAAUUAGAGAUUUGAUGUUUCUUAUGAGUCAGACUUUUAAUAUUAGUUGAGAGGGUUGUACUUAAUUAUCUUUGAAUUAAAAUAAUUUUUAAUUUUA